UCAAAACGCAACCUGUGCCAUCAGGGAGGCUGUUUUGUUUUGGAGGUGACUCUGCUGGAAAAUUAUUGCCUGCAUGCAGUGAGUGUGGGCCUGGGGCGGUGCAGGAGCAGUAUAAAAGCAGGCCCUUCUCCUCACUCUCUCAUACACUCCUCUUGCCUCCAUCUCCUCAGGAACAAGGUGCAUCUCCAGCCCCAAGCCAUGUCCUGCUACAACACCUGCCUGCCCUGCCAGCCCUGCGGCCCGACCCCACUGGCCAACAGCUGCAAUGAGCCCUGUACCCUGCAGUGCCAGGACUCCAGGGUUGUCAUCCAGCCCUCUCCCGUGGUGGUGACCCUGCCUGGACCCAUCCUCAGCUCCUUCCCACAGAACACCGCCGUGGGAAACUCUACCGGCGCUGCUGUUGGCAGCAUCCUCAGUGAUGCGGGAGUGCCCAUCAACUCCGGGGGCUUUGGACUCUCCGGCUUGUCUGGCUUCGGCAGUGGCUACUGUGGCAGGAGAUGCUUCCCCUGCUAAAGGUCCCCACGGACACCAAAGAUGGUCCCACACGAGAGAUGGAGCUUGGGCUUGUAGCUUUGAGAGUGGCUGAGCAACCGCAGCACCCCUUGCAAAAGGUCAGCCUGGGCUCUCACAAAGCACAGCCCAUGACUGCCUUUCCCCUCUGCCACUCUCUCCUUUCCCUCCCAUGUCCUUGUUCUCUUGUGCUCCCCUGGGCUGUGAGCCCCACCAAUCCAGCCUAGGGAGGACCUGCUGGCCCUGUUCCCUCUUUGGGGCAGGCAGAUGGACACCUGGUGGCAUCUCUGCCACAGCCAUGGGGUACAGGCUCUCCUCUGCUCCUGGUUGUCCCUACAACAGGAUCUCCACUCCAAGUGACUUCAUCUCCCUCUUUUGACUCAUUAAAGUUCUGCUGCAUCCCA